AUGAAGAAGAUUAGAUUGGAACAUAGUGCACCAGUACUAUCGGUUAGAUUCAAUUAUGAUGGACAGUAUUGUAUGACUGGAUCACAAGAUCGAUUGGUUAGAUUGUGGAAUCCUGCCAAGGGUUUACGUGUUCAUACAUUCGAAGGUCACGGAUACCAAGUAUUGGAUGUUGCUGCAACGCGAGACAGUCGAUUCUUGUUGUCAUGUGCAGAGAAACAACUGUAUCAAUGGGAUGUGGCAACUGGAGAGAUUAUCAGAAAGUUUAGAGGUCAUCCUCAAACUAUCAACACUAUAGCUUUGGGUGGAUGUCCUCCCAAUAGUAGUGGCACAGACAACCAAAUGCAACAAGCACAAGAUAACUUAUUGGCAACUGGAUCAUAUGACAAGACUGUCAAGAUAUGGGAUAUGCGAUCAAGAAGUUCAGAUGCUAUACAAACAAUGGAAGAAGCACAAGACAGUGUCACAUCGGUCCUAUUCAACGAUCAAGAUUAUGAACUAUUAUCAUCAAGUGUUGAUGGUUCAAUUAGAGUAUACGAUAUUAGAAAUUCAAAAGUUAUAAUUGAUCAAUUACAUCAUCCAUUAUCUUCGAUCUAUAUUACACACGAUGGUAAAUGUUUAUUAACUUGUACAAUGAAUAGUACAAUUUCAUUACUUGAAAAGAAAACUGGUGAUGUUUUAAAUGAAUUUAAAGGACAUAAAAAUAAUUCAUACAAGGUGAAUAGUAAGACAUUGUAUGAUGAUUCGUUGGUAGUAUCGGGAUCUGAAGAUAAUCAAGUUUAUUUGUGGGAUAUUGUGGAAGGAACUAUUUUUGCCAAACUGGAUCAUUCUUCUCCCUCUUCUCCUCCAAAUAGUAUUAUUUCUAGUAUUGAUUGUCAUCCAUCACAAAGAGUCAUAUUAUCUUGUUCUACUGAUGGGAUACCCGGUCCAUAUCCUCAAAUCACUCAAAUAAAUAAUAAUAUGAAAAAAGAAUAUAUUUUAAUAUUAAUUUUAUUAAUUAAUUCAAGUUUAAUUACAAUUUCUGUAAAGGUUAAACCUUUAUCAGAAACUAGUCUUCGUGGUUCUGUUCCAUCUGUACUUUCAAUUGAAAAAACUGCUAGAAUGAAAGGUUAUCUUGAAGUUUUUAAUAACUUUCUGAUCAAUCAAGAGGGUCAAGAUUUGUUCACCGGAAAAAUCAAUCCACUUCAAAUAAUAAGAUCUGUAACAGUAACUGGUUUAUCUCUUAUCCCUGAAGUUGGUGGUGUCCUAUCCUUUGGUGCUGAUCUUAUUUUUAGUCAUUUUUCUCAAGAUAAUUCAACAGCAGAAUUAAUCAAUAAAGAGGUUCAAAAAGCUAUAAAUGAAAAAUUGGGAAACUAUAAUUAUGUUGACCUAAAUGAUCAACUUGAAGUUAUUUCUUCUUCCAUUGCAACAUUUAGAAGAACAGUAUCCAACUUUAAAGCCAACCCAACCGAUGACAAUAAGAGUUUUAUGAUUGCACAGUACGAUAGUACAUACAACUCUUUGAAAAAUGAUAUAAGAUUUUUACAUGACACUUAUUCAAUCUCGGAAGCUCCACUCUUUGUUCUCAUGGCUUCAACCAAGCUAAUGUUUUUGGCCGAUGGUAUUGUCAAUGCAGAGGAAUAUCAUAUCAGUGGCCAAGUCAACAUUCUCAUUGAUGAUUUCAGAGACAGUCUAGACAAGUACAUUCGAUACUCACUACCAAUCUAUGAAAAGGGUUUGGCAAAGAUGGCCAAAACCAAAGACCCCGUCAAAGAUUACAACGAUCGUACCGAGUACUUUAACCAGAUGCUUCUCGGUCUCUAUGAUACUGUCAAUAUUUUUUGGGCUAUGGACCCUGUCAUGUUUCCAAAGGGUGUCAUCACUGAAAAUGUCCGUUAUCUCUAUUCCGAUGUGGUUGGAAAACCUACAAACGAACGUCUAGAUAGAGAAUCCAAAGGAUAUUUGCAAUACAGAAUGAAGGAUUUCCCACUCGACUCUGCUGAUAAAAUCAAAGCCAAAUUUGACACUCUUGGAUUCUACAACUACCAAAAGCAAUUAAAAGGUGCCAAUAUCUAUUGUUGGGAUCGUAUUGAUAGUAUUCAAUCGGUAUUCUUUGACUAUUCAAAUACUGGUCAACCAAAAACUAGAACAAACAACAAAAUUGGAGGAACAGGUGGAGCUCUAAAGAAAUUGGAUCUCACCACGCCAAUCUCUAGUAUCAUUGUCAGUUCUGAAAAUGAUAUCUGGAAACUCAAUGUAGGAGGUCAAAUUUUUGGUAAAGGUGAUCCAAGAGUUCAUGAUACUAAUCUUGUUGCAAAACCUGGUCAUAAAAUUGGUCUUUUUUGUCCAAUUGGAAUUGAUGUUACAGAAGGAUUUAAUUCAUUAUCAUCAAUGUCAAUUGGAUUCGUUGAUGAAAGUGUAAUUGAUGAGAAUAUUGUGGUUGUAGGUACAGGAAAUAUGUUUGAUGUUCAAAAGUAUUAUACCAAGAGUUCAAAUGCACAAUUUAUUUUCAAUGGAAUGUCAACUGGAUUGAGUUGCAUAAAGACACAUCCUGAUGGGUCCAAUUUUGAUUACUACAUCUCUUCAAGUGCCAAUGCAAAAUAUCGUGUCAUUAUCUAUGGUCGAGGUAAUGUUGGAUCACAAAUCAAAGUUCAAGUUUACCUUGCUAAAGUACUUGUAGGAUCAACUACGUUUAUUCAACCUAUUACCUAUGGUCGUGCCAUUGAUACUGGUAUUGAUAUUAAUCUUGUAAAUUCUAAAUACAAUGACCUAAGAAUUACAAUAUCACAAAAUUCUUACAACUUUGCAAGUUUUGUUUUAAGAAAUAAUUAA